CAGCAUAGGGCGUUACGAUACGUUGCGUCAUGCCCCGGAUGGUUUUCCGGAUAGGGCAGUAAUUUGGCGGCGCGGCGCAAGCGCUGCAAGGCGGGUCCAGGUCAACGGCAAGAACCCGGUCUAGUCGUACGACGAACGUCUAACCGACCUGUCGUUAUCGCGAUUCUCUGCAAGCCCGCGAGUACGUUCGCUUCCCCCUCUAUCUCCCUAGCCAGCUAGGGAAGUCGAAGCAACAGGACGAAGCCCAAACAGAUCGUUCGAAUUUGCAGCAUGGACUUUCCCCCUUCGCUAAAUGAUCGUUGUGCGAACUAUCGUAAAGUUAUCAAUAUGUAAUCUUUUGCUUUUAUUUAAAUAAAAAAAAAGUGAUGAUUGGAAGUGAACUGUCCAUUGGUUAACAAAUUUCAAUCUAGUAAUUGAAUUAUCGAUGAUUAUUAUUGAAAAUUGAGUAUUCAAUGAAUUGCUACAAUCAUUAUAUAGUGUAAUAUUGUUCAGAAUAUUAAAAGAUAUUAGUUCGGUAAAAGAGAAAUGUGUUGGAACAUGUGAAAAUCAUGGAGUAACGAUAUAAGAAAAGUUAAUAAGCUCUCUUUUUAUUCGUAAGAAAUGUUCGUAUAUCGAUCAAGAAUGGUAAAUGAAAAGAUAAGCAAAAAGUAUCGAUAUUAGGAAAUUUAUAAAAAAAAAGUUAUAGAUUAAAAAAAAAUCUUUUUCCUCUCUUCGUUUAUUUUCGUGCUCAAAUAUCGUACAAGCCGGUAAAAUGGAAGACGCGCGGAAUUCGAUGUUUUUAUUUUUUCUUCUUUUUUUAAAAUUUUUUUCUACUUUUAUCCAGUGUGAGAAAGAAAGGAAGUGAUGGAAUAAGUGUAAGACGGAUAAAGGUCGACGCACCUGUUUUGUUUUCACUUUACAGUUCGACGACUGUAGUCGUUAUUUUCCGGGCAGUUGGAACAGUGUUGUUGAAAUGGUAAUUACAUUGGAGUGAUGUGAACAGUUUCUGGUGAUACUCGACGAAGUUUCUCGACAGAUGAAUCAGCCAUGCAAGGAUCGACGAUCGAUUGGGAGAUAAAGGAAUCCAAUAGAAACUGGUAUUCCUGUAUUUGCUGUACUUCGAUAAGAGCAUCGCAUGUUAUUGUUUCUACAAAUAUCUUCCAUUCAUCAAUAAGAUGAACUUAAACACAGAAAAAAGAGAUUCUCGGUAUUAAAUUCAACGAAAAAAACAUCUUCCUAAAAACACAUCAACUAUAACAUUCCAACGAUUCUGCGAAAUAGUCGAGAUCACGUUCUCCAAUGAUUCUCCUAUACAUCAAAGGCGACCCUGAAAUCGACCAAAGCUCCCGAAAUAGUCCUGCAGAGUUGUUCGAAUAACAGAAACCGGUCAUUUCUCUAAGCACUGUCGUCGUCCAUAUAUUUUUCUUCUACGUGAGAUUAUUGUUUGGAAAUAUCGGUACGUGACGAGGCGAAGGAAUCGAUGCUCGGGACAGGAUAUUCAUGCGGAUCGAUCGAGGCAUGUAUUAUCAUGUAAAACGACGGUCGGACAUGUAAAUUUGGCGAGUCGUCGAGGCGAAGGAGAGCGUUCCGCGCGAUUGGCUCUUAUCAUGGAGGAGAAACGAGCAGCUACGACGGUUGGGUGCGGGAUUCUCGCAUCUAAGAGGCUUUAAUCGUCACGAUUGAAAAUGUCAAUCGUAUGCCACGGGUUAUGGGUUUGCGAGAGUUGGAUCGUGCCAGCUGUAGCAACGAACGGCUGAGGUAGAAUCGUGGAAUCGAGGGAAGAUUUCCAUGCACGGACCAAGCCUUCCUGGAAUCCUAUGGUCGAGAGAGGAGAGAAGGAGCAUGACGUAGCCGUCGACUUUGGGGGGCGCUUCGGAUGCUCCGGGCUGCCGAUUAGUCUCGUAUGGAGGGGAAGGACGCAAUCACCACGGAAGACACCCUGCUUCUAAACCUGACCACUGUUGCCACACAAGACGUCGACGGCUUCCUCCAAGGAUUUCCCGGCAAAAACUCGCCCUACACGGCCACCCAGGCAAUACUUAUCGCCUUGGUGCUCGGCAGUAUCAUCGUCGGGACUGUGAUCGGUAACAUUCUGGUUUGCGUCGCCGUGUUCCUCGUUAGGAAGCUGCGAAGGCCUUGCAACUAUCUCUUGGUUAGCCUUGCAGUUAGCGAUCUCUGCGUUGCUCUUCUGGUAAUGCCGAUGGCGUUGCUCUACGAGAUUUCCGGUAAUUGGUCCUUCGGCGCAAUUAUGUGCGACCUUUGGGUUAGCUUCGACGUACUCAGUUGCACGGCCAGCAUCCUGAAUCUCUGCAUGAUCUCUGUGGACCGAUUCUGUGCCAUAACGAAGCCGUUGAAAUACGGGGUAAAAAGGACACCACGAAGAAUGAUCGUCUACGUCAGCCUUGUUUGGCUAGGGGCAGCCUGCAUUAGUCUGCCACCAUUGUUGAUUAUGGGAAAUGAGCACACUUAUUCUGAGACUGGACCAUCCCAUUGCGUUGUCUGCCAGAAUUUCUUCUACCAGAUUUACGCCACGCUUGGGAGCUUCUAUAUACCUUUAUUCGUGAUGAUUCAGGUAUACUACAAAAUAUUCUGCGCGGCGCGUAGGAUAGUCCUGGAAGAAAGAAGGGCGCAGAGCCAUUUAGAAGCACACUGUUACUUCGACAUAGAGCCAACAGUGCAACAGCAUCAGCCAGUGACUGUGAACCGUCAAUUAAAUUCCGAUGUGCAGACAGGACAUGGUAGUCCACCCGUAAAGCAACAUCGAAGUUCGAGCGCCUCGACCACGAUACGAUCGAACCCUCGUGGCGAUACGCAGGAUAAUAUGAGAUCGUGUAGUGGUCAUACAGUGCGGUGUUUUACCGGUGGUCCUCGCAAAAGCCAUGAGUCGCAAUGUCCAAUGCUUCAGAAGCUCGAGAAGCCCGUCCUCUCUUCGUCCACGACAACCACACCACCGAUGACAUCGACCAAGUCGACGAUCGUGAGAAAUCAUUUGAACAGCACCUGUAGUGUAACGAAUUCGCCGCAUCAGAAGAAUUAAGGUUCCAUCUGGCAAAAGAAAGGAAAGCCAGCACCACGUUAGGAAUCAUAAUGAGCGCUUUCAUAGUUUGUUGGUUACCGUUCUUCGUAUUAGCCUUGGUCAGGCCAUUCCUCAAGAAUCCAGAUGCUAUCCCAGCAUUUUUAUCCAGUCUAUUUCUUUGGCUU